AUGGCUACACCAUUCAUUAUUGGAUUGGCAGUUGCAGGUGCUGCAUAUGCCACAAGAGGAGCAAUUAGAGCAGCUUCAAAGUUGAAAUCGAAUCCAAACUUUUUCUUUAGCAUGGGUCGUCAAGCAUCAGAAGGUAACUUUGGUGAAGGUUUCCGUGCAAAGAUGGAUAAAGAGGAAGCUGCUGCUAUUCUUGGUAUUCCUGAAAAUGCAGAUGAAAAAUUAGUUAAAGAGACACAUAAGAAACUUAUGAUUAAGAAUCAUCCAGAUAGAGGUGGAUCAUCAUAUCUAGCCACUAAAGUCAAUGAAGCAAGAAACAUUAUGGUUGGAAAGCAAUAG